AUAUCGUAGGACAUACUUUAUUCACGAUCACGAGAAGCCUUCCGAGACUUUGAAAAUCUCAGUCGGACAGGAGGAAAUCGAGAUGACCCCCUCACAUUUCCUUCCUAUCUAUUCGGCGGAGUGUGGUGAGAAGUUUUGCCAGUUUGCCAAGCUUGUUCCAGCCGCUUCUGUCAAGCCCGGAGAUUUCCUGUACACCCAAGGUGGCUUUGAGAUGGUGAAGGGCGUAAGCUCAAGCCGCUCCUUCGUCCGUUAUUUGCUGGUUGAAGGAGGAAAUCUCAUGGUGAACGGGGUCCUUGCCUCUGUUCAAAGCACAGCAGCUGGAGCACUUGAAACUCUGCCUUUCAGGUUCCUGGACACGAUCUUUCCUGGCAGCCUUGAGGCCCCGGCUAUCAAGCAGGCCCUUCGCACCGUCCUUGAGUCUCCUAUGCUGCGAUCGUUUGAGACCUUGAUCGCUAGAACGCAUGCUCUUCCCAUCACCAUUGCCCCUCUCCUCGUCUCAUCUAGCUCAAGCAGUUGAGCAAGUGCGACGACAGGCUACGUAUGUCGUUCUA